GGGGUGUCUGCUGCGUGGACGUGCGUAAUGAUACCAUGGUAACAUAAGCAGUCAACAAAUUGGCUACAAAGACACCAUCUUCCUUCACAAAACAAACGUGAUUCAAAAAGAGAACUAUAAUAUAAAACAAAAACAAAAAAGUUAUAAAACAAAGCCUUGGAUAAAAUUAUUGAAAAGUAACAAACCGAAAUGUCAGCAGUGCCUGUGGUAACGAUUUAUAAAAAUGGGGAUCUACAUUUCUUUGGAAAAAAGCUGGUAGUUAAUGUGAAAAGAAUUUCCACUUUUGAUAAUUUUCUGGAUAAAGUGACUCAAGACACGCAUGCAAGGGUUGCUAUUCGAAGACUAUGCACGCCUAACCAUGGAAGUAGGGUUGUUAAGUUAGAACAGUUACAGAAUGGAGGUAUCUACGUUGCAGUGGGCCAAGAAAAGUUUAAAAGGCUAAAAUAUGGGAAGUUACAACCUAUUCAUCAACAGAGAAUAAUAAAGCAGAAUGUUAAACCAGUGUUACGUAGCCGGUUACAUGCGUCUGCAAGGUACAAAAAAGUGGCACUGGCUGAACCUUUGCAGAACAGGAUUGUUUAUGUCCAUCGCAAUGGAGAACCAAAACAUCCAGGCUUAAAACUUUUGCUGGACAAAAGGAUAUUGCAAAGUAUGGAUACAGUUCUUCAAUAUAUAUCCAACAAAAUCAAAUUAAGAACAGGUGCUGUUCGUUGCUUGGUCACAAUGGAUGGUAUUGAAGUCAAAGAAACGAAAAAUAUUAAAACUGGUACCAGAUAUGUUGCUGUUGGAUACAAUCGACCGUUAAUAAAAGAUGUGUAUGAGAAUGGUCAAAAUUCAUUUAAUGUGACCCCAAAGAGAUCGACACUGCCCAAGAAUUCUUCGAAAAACAAGUGUGACAAAGUUGUAUUUCGAAGGGGAUGCAAGGCUUACUUAAAAAAGCAAGGUAAUAAUAAAAAUGAAGACAAUAGCAAGCCAUGUUAUUAUGAAAACACCAUUGAUAAGAGUGGAGCUGAUGGUAAUUGCACUGGAAAUUUUAUGUCUUGCUUAACGAAUGAAAUAACGAAUGAACUAGAUAAAAGCAGAACUAACGAAGCUAUUCUAAAAGACGAUAAUAUAGUGGAGGAUGUGGUUGAUAUUUUUGAGGGAAAAGUAGAUGAUGGAGAAAAUGAUGCAAGCAUUAGUGCAUUUAAUGAUGCAGGAGAUGACGGAGAAAUUGACAGAAAAAAUGACUUAGAAAUUGAGGCAUGCAGUCAUGUAGAAAAUGUAGUGCGUAAUGCGACCUUCAAUAAAAACAAAAACAGAAAUGAUAAAAAAGGACGAAAAAAGAUUUUAAAAGGGUUUGGUACUAGUUACAGCAAACACAUAACUAAGGACACUGUUAGUUCUAAAAAACUGUCCACAAACUCAGACAGUUUGUCAAAUUUGUAUAGUAAAGCUGAAGGACAUGACUCUACAUUAAGUAGUGACACCGAAGAAAAAUUCGACUUUUUUGAAGAAGAUGAUAAGAAUGAAGCAACACCUACAGUAAAACCUGUGUCAAAUGAUACUGCUAUAGAAGUUCUAACCAGUGAUCAAAAUAAUCCUGUCCAUUCAGGUAAAUACAAGCACAGAGAUAAGCAACCAUCAUUGAUUGAAGACGAACCAACGGAACGAGAGACGACUGUAGAUCCUAUAUCACCAUCCUUUACUGCCACCCACAUGAAAGAGAUUUACAAGACACAAAAAGAAUUACGAAACACAAAAUCUCCAAAUGUUUUCGAUGCUAGUGGUACACAAAGUGAAAUUGCGGAGCCUGUCACAGAUAACCAAGAAACGGCAGUUGAGCAAACAAUUGAUCAGCAACUUCCUGAAGAAGUGACAGAUGAAGAAGUUGAAGAGGUAAAUGCUGCAGCCGACGAUCACUUGACUACGUCAAAAAUAGAUUUGACUGAAGCAAAAACAUCUAACAAAUUUAUAAAAUAAAUUUCAGGAUUUCCCAAUGAUUUUUUAGUCACCUUGUACAAUCUCCAGAACUUUUUUUGCUUUUCAAGGAUUUCAACAAAAAGUCUCAAUUUAAACAGGCAGUUGGUUAAGGUUGCCACUUAAUAAUAUCUUUCACUUUUUUUAAAAAAGAGUAUUUAGUCAGCUAAUGUUAAAGAGGUAAUUUCCAAAAUCAUUUUUAACAGCGUUAUUUUUCGAUGAUUUCCUGCUAAAAUGACUACAUGUUAAAUUGAUGGAAUUUUUGAUUAUCAAUCUUCACACGGUUAUCACUGCAUUAAUUACACUACUAUCAUUUUCGAUAAAUACCUUUAAGGAAAGCAGCAAUCCAGAUACUGAGUAUUUACUGUUGCCGUAAGAGAAUUUAUAAGAUGCCUAUAUUGUAGAUAAACAUGAAAUAUUUUGUCUGAUUUUUACAGUGUUGGAAGUAUAAUUUUGGAUAAGAAUUAAUAUAUAAUAUAAUUUUAGUUUAAUAUAUAUAUGAAAAUUAAAUAGAUUUUAUAACUAAAAAUUAUAAUGAUAUAGAUCACUUUUAUGUUUGUGCGUGUAAUAGUUAUGAAUACAGGUUGCAUUUCCUGUAGCUUGAUUGUUUUCAUGUAUGUGAAGAUUUGAUUUAAUGUUUAUAUGUCAUAAA